AUGGGGGAAGAGGAAGAUAGAAUGGCACCCAGGCCUUCAACGUCGACUUCACAGCCAUUUUACACGCAUCAAAAUGAAUUUGGAAGUCCAAACUUAGACCAUCACCCUCACCAUAUGCCCUACCCUCUGGCGAGUAAUCUGGAGGAUUUUAUUAGAGUUGAAGAUUCAUUCCGGAUGCCCACUUAUACUCAGUACCAAUCCUCGAGUAAUCCGGAUGACUUGAGGCAAGAAAUGCCCACCACGUCAAUUAUACCAAAUAGUGAUGAAUUUGAAGAAAAUGUUGGAAGUUGUCAUGAUGCUGAUGAAAUGUUCUUUGACAUAAAUGAAGAUUUGGAGGGUACCACUGUUGUCCCGGAUGAUGAGGUACAAGUUGAACCACCAAGAUCCGGGUUGGAGUUUGACAGUGAGAAAGAGCUUGUGGCGUACUAUAAGCAGUAUGUCAAGCAAGAGGGUUUCGAUGUAAAGACACAAAGGACUAAAAGAGAUGAUGAUGGGAAGCCUGUGUAUCUGACCAUUGGUUGUGCCCGUGGUGGAAAGUACCAUCCAAAGCCAAACAGUAAUAUCUCGAAGCCACGGGCAACCACUAAAACGGGUUGUAAGGCGAAGGUAAAUGCAGCAUUGAACAAAAAUGGGAAAUGGGUUUUCACCACUACUGAGAAUUCUCACAACGAUAUUACUGUGAGCCCCAAGAAAAGUAAACUAUUGCGAUCUCACAAGCACCUAGAUCAGUACAGUCAAAGGAUCUUGGAGCUGAAUGAUAGAGCCAGUAUACGAAUGAAUAAGAACUUUUAUUUUCUUGUUGUUGACUCAGGGGGUUAUGAGAAUCUAGCUUUUCAAGAGAAAGAUUGUAGGAAUUACAUUGACAAAGCUAGAUAUUUAAGGUUGGGCAAAGGAGGUAGUGAUGCACUUAAUGAGUAUUUCAAGAGAAUGAGAGAUCAGAAUGAUGGCUUCGUUUCUAAUAUGGACGUGGAUGAUGAGGGAAGGCUACGGAAUGUGUUUUGGGCUGAUGCACAUAGUCGAGCCGCCUAUGAGUAUUUUGGAGACGUUGUAUCAUUCAAUACAACAUACCUAACAAAUAGGUAUGGUAUGCCUUUUGCUCCAUUCGUUGGUGUUAACCAUCAUGGGGGUAGGGCGCUGAGGUCUAUCAUAACCGACCAAGAUAGAGCAAUGAAGAAUGCGAUUGCUGCUGUAUUCCCUGAAACUCGCCAUAGAUAUUGUUUAUGGCAUAUCAUGCGCAAACUUCCUGAGAAGUUAGGCUCGCACGCCAAAUUCAACCUUGGGUUGAAGACUGAUAUCCAUUCGGCAUUAUUUGAUUCACAGACCACCACAGAAUUUGAGGUGUGCUGGGGUCAACUACUUGAAAAGUAUGAUCUACUCGGCAACAGUUGGCUUCAGUCCUUAUAUGAGGAAAGGUCCUUUUGGGUUCUUGUUUUCCUGAAGAGUGUAUUUUGGGCUGGGAUGAGCACAACGCAAAGGUCUGAAAGUAUGAAUGCAUUCUUUGAUGGGUAUGUCCAUGCUGGGACGACAUUGAAGGAAUUUGUCGACCAAUUCGAUAAUGCUCUUAGAAAGAAAGUGGAGGUCGCUGAUUUCAAUUCUAGCAACCAAACUAUCCCCUGCGUCUCCCCUUUCAACAUUGAGAAGCAGUUUCAAAAAUUCUAUACGGAUGCAAAGUUUAAGGAGGUCUAA